AUGGAGUUGUCUCUCUUUGCUUCUUUUAUGGUACCGGAUGAGGCGAGGAAAGCUUGGAAGUUUAAGAGGGGUCUGGAGAAGGAAAUCUUGAAGGCAUCUAGAGCGAGAUUGUGGCACACCGGGGAGCAACGCACCCCCACAGUAGCUAUAUCGGGGAGGCUAUUAGGCACCACAAGGCCGAUAUCAGAGGGGUACAUUGCGUUUGUGAAAGAAGCAUUGAGGGAGGAGCUUAGGUUGGAGGAUAUUCCCGUGGUAAAGAAUUUCUUAGAUGUGUUCCCAGAGGACUUACCAGGAUUGCCUCCUGAUCGCGAGGUAGAAUUCACUAUUGAGUUGACACCAGGGACAGCACCGAUAUCGAAAGCUUCGUAUCGAAUGGCUCCAGCAAAACUAAGGGAGUUUAAGGAGCAGCUACAUGAGUUACUUGAUAAAGGCUACAUCCAAUCGAGUGUUUCAUCCUGGGGAGUACUAGUGCUAUUUGUGAAAAGAAGGAUGGAUCGAUGA